AUGACAGCUGACGAAGAAGAAACCUUUACCACUUUUAAUGAAUUCAGAAGUGAUACGUUUACUGUUCCAACCAGAGCCAUGGUUGAAGAUGGAUUUAUGAAUGCCACAUUCGGUGACGCUGUGUACCAAGAGGAUGAGUCCACAUUACGUUUGGAAAGUAAAAUGUGUGAGAUAACUGGGAAGCCAGCAGCUUUAUUUUGUGUUAGUGGAACUAUGUCGAAUCAAAUUGGAUUAAGAGCUAACCUUGUUCAGCCUCCAUACAGUAUAUUAUGUGACUAUCGUGCCCAUGUGUUUUUACACGAAGCGGGUGGGUUGGCUACAUUGAGUCAAGCUAUGGUACAUCCAGUUAGACCAGCAAAUGGGAACUACUUGACCUUUGAAGAUGUUUUGGAAAAUGUAACUUAUGACGAUGGAGAUAUUCAUGCUGCUCCAACUAAGGUAAUCUCAUUGGAAAAUACAUUACAUGGGAUUAUAAUUCCAAUAGAAGAAAUCCGUAAAAUUAGUGAAUUUUGUCGUGAAAAUGAUAUCAGAUUACAUUUAGACGGAGCCAGAUUAUGGAAUGCUAGUGUGGCAACUGGAAUUAGUAUCAAGGAAUACUGUUCAUACUUUGAUAGUGUAUCAUUGUGUUUAUCCAAGUCAUUGGGAGCACCAAUUGGUUCUGUGUUGGUUGGAGAUGAAAAGUUCAUUCGUAAAGCUAAUCAUUUUAAAAAGCAAAGUGGUGGGGGGAUAAGGCAGGGCGGUCUAAUGUCUGCUAUGGCUAUACAUGCUAUUGAUUAUAAUCUUUCAAAACUUGAAUUAUCGCACAAUUAUGCUAAACAGAUUGGUGAUUUUUGUCAUGAACACGGAAUCAAAUUAGAAUCGCCAGUAGAUACAAGUCUUGUAUUCCUCGAUUUGAAAGCUAAUAGAAUGGAUCCAAAUAGAUUAGUCGAGUUGGGAAAAACAAAGUAUAACGUUAAGCUUAUGGGACAAAGAAUAGCAUGCCAUUUCCAAUUGAGUCAAGAAAGUGUGGAUAAUGUGAAGCAAUGCAUUUUAGAGUGCUUUGAGUACCAUCAAAAACACCCUCAUAAAGAUGAUGGUAGGAAUAAUAAGAAGAUGUAUAGUUUUGAUGCCAUUAAAAAAUAA